UCCUUGAAAGGCCAAACCCAAACAAAGAGAAACUCGUUUCAGUCCAAGCGUCGGUGGGGCGACGAGAAACGAAAGGGAAGAGAUCAAGAAGACUCCUCCGUUCUUUCUCCAAGCUCUUCUACUUCAGAUCUCUAUCAGGCUGGGCCAAUUUUAUUGACAUGGAUACUGGAGAGAACGAAUCCACUCUGAGUCAAGAAGAGAUAAUUGAUGGUACUGUACAGCAAAGCCUUAAGGAGAAGGAUAGUGCAAAUCCAUUGGAGCAACCAGUUGAAGUAGCUGACAGAAUAAAUAGUUGUGAUGCAAGCAUCAAUAUGGAAAAUGGCAUUCAUCAGAACCUUGCUAAUGAUGAAGAAAGUACUGAUGAGCUCACACAACUGGUUAUCGAGCUCAGUUUUCAGAAUGAGUACUUGAAGUCUGAAAUAGGUGACUUAAAACUGGAACUGUGUAAGCCAAAGCCACUUUCUGAUGAGGAGAGAAAAAGUGGCCCACAUGUUGGGUCUUCUGAGCAAGAUAGCAGCCUCCAUGAACAGAUAAAAUGCUUACAGAAGGAAAUUCAGGCGCAGAAGGAAACUCAAAUGGCAGCUGAGGAUGCUCUGGAGCAUCUGAGGAUGGCUUACUCCGAGGCUGAUGGAAAGGUUCAAGAGCUUACCACAAAGCUCAUUGAAGCUCAACAGAAAAUGGAACAAGAAAUAAAGGAGCGUGAUGAUAAAUAUGUUGAGCUAGAUUCCAAGUUUGGAAGGCUUCAUAAACGGGCAAGACAACGGAUUCAAGAAUUACAAAAGGAGAAAGAUGAUCUUGAAGCACGCUUUAGUGAGACUAAUAUGAAAAUUGAGCAAGCUUCAUCCCAGCAAGCAGCAUUAGCACAGCAGGAACUGGAGCGUAGUCGUCAACAAGCCAAUGAAGCAUUGAGAUUAAUGGAUGUUGAAAGGCAGCAAUUACGGACAGCUAACAGCAAACUUCGUGAUAAUUUUGACGAAAUGCGUCGCUCAUUAGAAGGCAAAGAGAAUGCACUUGAGGCAUUACACCAGUCCAUCUUUGAGAAAGAGCAGAUGUUGGAACAAGUUCGGGGUUUGCUACAAGCCUCAGAAGAGAAAAGACAAACAUCAAUUGCAGAGCUUUCUACUAAGCUCCAAAAGCAAGUAGAAAGUUUAGAAGCACAGCUUACUGAUGCUCUAGCACAAAGUAGUAAAGCAGCUGAAACAAACUCUUCUCUCCAGGUCUUACUUGCUGAGAAAGACUCAAAGAUAGCAGAGUUGGAUGCAGCUUCAACAGGUGAAGCUGUAAGACUUGGAGCUGCACUAGAGGAAAUGAGAGGAGAGCUUAAUCAUCUUAGAGACCAGCAAGAUAGAGAAAAACAAAACUGGGAAGCAGCUUGUCAGUCUCUCCGAACUAAGUUGGAGGCAUCUGAGAACACAUGUUUGCGAUCUGAGAUUGAAUUAGCUAAAAUGAGAAGUCAGUUGGAACUAGAAUCAUCAACAAAAUACCAAAUGUUGAGUGCAAAAGAUGCUGAACUUAUAGUUGCAAAAGAUGAGAUCAUGCGACUGGAAAAUGAAUUUUCCGCAUAUAAGGUUCGUGCACAUGCACUUUUGCAGAAGAAGGAUGCUGAGCUAGCUGAAGCUAAGAACUCAGAAUUGCUGAAAUCUCUUGAACAAGCUGUGAAAGAAGCUGAAGCAGAAGUAGCAAUAACCUUAGCAGAAAGAGAGAAAGCUGUUAAAGCUCUUGAAGUUGCUUUGAAGGAACAUGAUAAAGAGAUUGAAUCAAGGGAUACUGCUCUUAGUGAUGCAGAGGGUCAAAUAAGAAGUAUAACCAUGAAACUUGAGUCUACCACUGCUCGCUACAUGUCAGAAAAAGAUAUGUGGCAGAAAAAUUUGGAGAGUAUCGAAGAAAGUUGGACAUUAAAAUAUGGCACCUUGGAGGCUCAAAAAGUUGAACAUUCUGGAGAUCAAAUGCAAAAGGAGCUAGAUGAUCUUAAGCAACGAUAUGAGAAACUGAAGGAAGAGCAUGAUAUCUUUCGUGAUAUUGCUGAUAGAACAAUUGAAGAGAAAGAGAAGGACAUGGCCAAAUUGAUAGAAGAUAAUAAGAAUCUUCGUCACUUAUUGGAAUCAAAGCAACAUGUUGAACAUAAUGGAAAACAAAACUCAGCUUCUCAGAAGGAUGAUGCACAAUUGUUGAGCAUAGCAGCAGCUGAACAACAAAUUCUGCUUCUGGCUAGGCAACAAGCUCAAAGGGAGGAAGAACUGGCUCAGUCACAAAGGCAUAUUCUAGCACUUCAAGAAGAGAUUGAAGAGCUUGAACAUGAAAAUCGUCUUCAUAAUCAACAGGUCCUUCGAGACCUGCGAGAGGUUACAAGUGGGCUGAUCUUUGCGGAGCAAUAUCGCAAGGGCGAAGCGCGAUUUAGGCAACGCAAGCUAAGUUCGCGUCUUGGCCGCAAGGGUGCCUCACGCCUUAGGCAAUUCCAGCUAAGACCGUGAUAGUAAGUCAAACCAUAAUGAUCAUGUAAGUUAAUGACCAUUUUUAACUUUCCUCAAAUUUUCACUAAUGUUAACAUCUAAAUAAAAAUAAUUAUACUAAAAUAAUUAUGCAAACCAUCUGUUCGACAAUGAGAAUAUAAAGUAGAAGCAACAAGGUAAAUAUGUGGAAUAUCUAUAAAAUAAUUAACUUAUUGAGUUUCCAUUCACAUAAUAGUCAUAUUCAAUUAAUUAUUAUUUUUGGUAUCAUUCUAAUGCUUCAAUAAUAUUCAAUUAAAAAUAAAUAGAGAGUAGGAUAAUAAACACCGGAUAAAUGUGUAAGUAGCAUUAUUGAAAACUUUAAAGUAUCUAAAAUUAUUUUACAAGCAUUCCAAUUUUAUGGAUACAAAUUUAAUUGCUUUACAUUAUUUGUAAUAAAAGUAUAUAAUAAUUCUCUAUAUUCAAAACUCAUUAAGUAGUUGUUGAGUUGAAUUUCAUCGGAUAGGAACAUCACGAGGAAAUCUUUUUGGUUCUUUUGCUAUUUAUUUUGUAAAAUCUUGCUCACUUUUUUGUUGCUUGUGGACGAGUGCACAAACGUGAAAUUUCUUGUUUAAUGAGAAGUCUUUCUUGAACACAUAAACUUGAAACCUGGCAUGAAUAUCUAAUAUUGACAAACUUGCUUUAACUCAAGGAUGGAGUAUUUGUAGAUGCAUUAUCAAAGAAAUUUAAAAAAAAUUAAAACCAAGUUAUACUCUUCCAAAAUAGUUUUGAUAAUUCUUUAAAUAUUAUCGACAUUAUUUCGUACAUCAAAACUCUAAAUGCAAUUACUCUCUUUUGCAUGCUCUAAUCACUAUCAAUCCAAUGAUAUGUAAUUCUUAUGCAAGAGUUCAUUUGCUAAUAAUCACUCCAAAUAUAAAAAUAAACUAAAACACGUCCAUCAAAAGAUCGAAAUAAGUUUUGCAAAUCUUUCUUUACCUCUUUUAUAACAGUGUGUGUAAGUGAAUCGAGGAACACGUCUUAUAGCAGAAUUUAAAGUAUUUUGAUAAUAAUUCACAAAAUCUAAUUUUUCACCAAAACAAAAACAGAGGUGUUCGUUGAAAACAAAUCUUGCUAAUUCUUUGACUUUUUUCCAGGGAAAAAUGAACAGAAGGGUUUGUUGGGUACUUGACUUUUUUCCAAAUUAGCUUUACGUAUGAUGUUUCUUUUCAAGAUGCUUUCUAAAUGUCCUAUAUCCACCUCCUGAAAUUGAAAACUUCCACUUGCCAUUGAAAUUAGCAAGUUAGUGAGAACUUAGGAGGGGUAGAGAAUGCUAUUGCAAAAGAGAUUGCAAUAAGAGAGAGCUUAGGGGGAGAGUAUAGAGAUUGCUCAAGGCUUUGGUGUGAAGAAAAAUGAGAUUUGGAGGUAUUUAUAAAUUUUUGACAAUUUUCUUUCCCAAAAUGCCUCUUUAACUAUAUGUUAUUUAGCGAUUGAAAGAGGCAAUUUUGUCUUUUCAUUUUUUAAAUUUUAUUAUGAAAUGACCAAAAUGCCCGUUCAACUUCUAUUUAUUGGGAUGUUGGAAGGGGCAGAUUGGUUAUUUGCCCUUGUCCCUAACAUUUGGUGCCUAUGCCAGUCUAACAAAUAGUGGAUUAGGCCCAAAUGGUCUGUCACAAUCAAUUUUGAUCGUUGAUUUUUUUAAAAAAACUUAGCCAAUUUUAACUGUAACCGAACCGAAUCACCCCAAUUCUGGCUUGGUUUGGAGCCGUUGAAACAUUUACUGAUUCAAAAAGAAUCGAGACCAGGGCUACUAAUAACAAUAUGAUGUAAGAGAGUAGCUGUGAAUUUCUUUAUUUGAUAAUAGAGGAAUAGAAAAAGAGAAAAGCAAGAAAAUAAUGAAGAGAUAAUAAGAAAAUAUAUGGAUAACUACUGGACUUACUCUGGCUCAAGGAGCAAAACUCAUGGGAUGAAGGCAUCAUACCUCCAUGUGUCUUACAUCUGAACGAUGGAACCAUGCCGUCAAAAAAAAAAAAGUGGUCUUGCACCACUUACACACGAGUUACUAAUCUAUUCUAAAAUAAAGAAAAAAAUUAUAAUUGCAUCAAAUCAAAUAUAUAACAUCUUCCUUUUUAUGAUAUUCUUGAUUAGUGAACUUCCAUCGAUGAAUCUUUUAGAUCUUUAAUUAAGACUGGAUCAUGUUUCUUUCGGUUUUGUGUAUUUCCUCUUUUUCUUUCUUAUUCGAUACAUGUUGCCAUGUGGCAACUUACGAAACAUGUGAAAUUCCCUUGAACUAAUCGUAUUUAUUCAAAUAUGAGAUAAAAAUAAAUUGGUUCUGCAUCAGACACCUCGGCUGUGCAAGAACUCGCUCCGAGUACAUAUAAGUAAGAUAUGGAUUGACCUUGAUGAUAAAACAUCUAGGCUAAACCAGAAGCUAUGAUACAAAUGCACAUCUUACAUGUGGAUGAUGGAAUCAUACCAUCGGAAAAACAAAUGUGAUCUCGCACCAUUUACAUAUGUAUAUAUACAUAUAUAAUUUAGGAAAA